AUGGAGUUCUUCACUCUCCUUGCUGCCGUUCUCUUGUGCCUCCUAGCCGGCGAACGGAACGAGACCAUAACGACGGCGAGCUACGGCCCGCACUGGCGCGCGCUCAGGUGCAACCUCACCGCCGACGUGCUCCACCCCUCGCGCCUCGCCUCCCUCGCCCCGAUGCAGCGGGAGGCCACCCGGGCCCUCCUCGCCGACGUGUCCGCCCGGGCCCAGCUGGGCGAGGUGGCCGUCCGCGGGCCGGUCAACGCCGCCGUGUUCGGGCUGGUCGCGCGCCUGUGCUUCGGCGACGGCGUCGAGGGGCCCCACGUGCGCGCCAUGGAGCGCGUGAUGCAGGAGCUCGUCCUCACCGUCGGCGAGAUAAGCGCCGUGUUCGACGGCACGUGGCUCGCCAGGCUCGUGUACCGGAGGCAGCUCCGCCGCCUCGUAGGCUUCAUCGGCAGGCAGACCGAGCUGUACCUCCCUCUCAUCGAGGCACGGAGGAAGCAUAAAUCUAGAUCGUUUCGCAGUGGCGACGACAUCUUCCAUUCCUACGUGGACUCGCUUCUCGGUCUCGGCAUUCCGAGCGACGCCGCCGACGACGUCCGGCGUGCGCUCCGAGACGACGAGCUGGUGGUCCUAGUCUCCGAGUUCCUCGGCACCGGCACCGGGUCGGUGGUCGCCUGCGUCGAGUGGGCCCUCGCCCACCUCAUCGACCAACCGGAGGUCCAGAGCAAGCUACGCCGCGAGAUCGACGGCGAGGCCGUGCUAUCCAGCAAAAGCCUCCGUGGCAUGCCGUACCUGCACGCCGUGGUGCUCGAGUGCCUACGCAUGCACCCGCCGGUGCCGUUCGCUCUGCGUGGCGCCCACGGCGAGGGCGCCAAGGUGGUUCCAAGCGCGCAGUCGCCCGUGCCGGCCAACGGCCUGAGGGUGCAGUUUAACUUGGGCGACAUUGGAAGGGACAGGAAGGCAUGGACGGACCCUGACGAGUUCCGGCCGGAACGGUUCCUGGCCGGAGGCGAGGCGGAGGGCGUCGGGCCGUCGCCUGGCCUCAAGGAGAUCAGGAUGAUGCCGUUCGGCGCGGCACACAGGCACUGCCCGGGCAUGAGCAUGGGGAUGCUGCACAUCAAGUGCUUCCUGGCCGCCAUGGUGCGCGAGUUCGAGUGGGCGCCUUCGGCGGAGGAUCGCGGCCGCGGUGGCAUCGACAUGAUGGAGCUGGACGGGUUCUUCAAGGUGAUGAAAAGGCCACUUUCUGCGUGUGUUACGCCACGCAUUUGA